AUGGCCGCCUGCGCCUUCUUCUUCGACGCGGAGCCGCUGGGCGAGCCCGGGCUGCAGCUGCACGGGCCGGAGCUGGAGCUGGACGCCUGCGCGCUCUGCACCAAGCCGCUGCAGGGCAACAGCGACAUCUUCAUGUAUAAGGGGGACACCCCCUUCUGCAGCGAGGACUGCCGCUACGAGCAGAUGCACUUCGACGCCGCCAUGGCCAGGCAGCAGGCCAGCGCCAGGCGGAAGCAGCAGCAGCAGCAGGCCCAGGCGCAGCCCAGCGUGCCGGCGCCGGCGCCCGUGUCCGCCAAGGCCGACGUCUCCGUGGCGAGCUAG